AUGGAGGAAAUUGUGAGAAGGAACUUCACCUCAAUGACCGAGUUCAUUCUCCUUGGACUCACCAGUAGCUGAGAAGUGCAGAUUCUCUUCUUUGUGCUGUUUCUGGCCAUUUAUGUGGCCAAGGUGGCCGGGAACCUUGGCAUGAUUGUCCUUAUCCAGGUCAGUGCCCGCCUCCACACGCCCAUGUACUUUUUCCUGAGCCACUUAUCCUUUGUGGAUCUGUGCUUCUCUUCCAACGUGACUCCAAAGAUGCUGGAGGUUUUCUUAUCAGAGAAGAAAACCAAUUCCUAUCCUGCUUGUCUGGUGCAGUGUUACUUUUUUAUUGCCUUGGUCCAUGUGGAGAUCUACAUCCUGGCUGUGAUGGCCUUUGAUCGGUACAUGGCCAUCUGCAACCCUCUGCUUUAUGGCAGCAGAAUGUCCAAGAGCAUGUGCACAUCCCUCAUCACAGGGCCUUAUGUGUACGGAGCCCUCACUGGCCUGAUGGAGACCAUGUGGACCUACAACCUGACCUUCUGUGGCCCCAAUGCAAUUAAUCACUUCUACUGUGCUGACCCACCACUGAUUAAGGUGGCUUGUUCUGACACCUACAGCAAAGAGUUGUUGAUGUUUAUUGUGGCUGGAUGUAACCUUUCUUUUUCUCUCCUCAUCAUUCUGAUUUCUUACCUUUAUAUUUUUCCUGCUAUCCGGAGCAUCCGUUCCACAGAAGGCAGGCGCAAAGCUUUCUCUACCUGUGGCUCUCAUCUGACAGCUGUCAUCAUAUUCUAUGCAGCUCUUUUUUUCAUGUAUCUCAGACCCCCUUCAGAGGAGUCUGUGGAGCAGGGGAAGAUGGUUGCUGUGUUUUACACCACAGUGAUCCCCAUGUUGAAUCCCAUUAUCUACAGUCUAAGGAACACGGAUGUGAAAGAAGCUUUGAUCAAAGAACUGUUCAGCAGGAAAUUGCUUUCUAAAUAA